AUGGCUGCACGGAAGAAAAAUAUUACAAAAAGUAAGUGAAUAAUCUGGUAUCCUCAAAUAUUCCUAUUUUUCAGAAAAAACUACGAAAAAAUCAGAAUCAUCUCAAAUGAAAUUAGAUGAUGAAAUGCCACAAAGAAAGAAAAUUCCGAAAGUCGAGAAAAAAUCAAGUAUAUUCAGUGAUCAUGAAGAGAUCGAUUCGAUAUCUAAUAGUCUCGUCGACAAAUUUGAAUCAAGCAAAGAAUAUCAACAAUUAGAAGUUUUAUGGCAUGCAAUUGUAAAAAAUAUGGAGAUUAGAAUUGUUAAAUUGUAAGAAAUUUUUUUCAAAGAAGUCAGAAAACAAACGAUUUUUACAGGUACUUUGAAACUCUUCGUAAUAUGUUAAUUGGAAAUUUCUCGCUCAAAGAAAAUAUACAAAAUCGAGUCAAAGCAUUUCCAAAAGAUAUGAAAAAGGUUCAUGGAAGAUUUAUCGAUCUUUUAUCAAAAGUCAAAACUAUGGUGAGUAAAAAAUUGAAGAAAGAGAAUUAGACAUAUAUUAAUUCAAUUUUAAUCUUGAUAAAACAAAUAAACGCGGGUAGAUCAAAAUAUAGUCAAAAAGUUUUGUAAGUCUAAAUUUUUCCAGUACCAUCAAAAAUCUCAACGUGGUUCCAAUCAAAAAUCAAAAACUGAAGCUGUAAAAGUGUUAUCGUCUCUGUACAAUGGUGUUCUUCCUUUGAACACAACAAUAAAUCGACCAACAAUCACAAGAAUCUCAAGUUCAACUCGAGAUGAAAUCAAGAAUUGUAUUCAUUCUACGGAAGCAUCUCAAAAAAUGACUCGAUCUCGUGCGAAUUACAAAUCUGAACCAAUGAAAAUGCCAAAAUGCUUGUAA